CGGGAGCCCGGGUGCAGAGCUGAGCCGGCGGUGGGCAGCGGCGGCGGGGAUGGCGCGAGCCGGGCCGGCGUGGCUGCUGCUGCUGCUGGCGACCUGGGUGCUGCUACUGGCCUGGCUGUCCGCAGCGAAGGUCUCCUCACUCAUUGAGAGAAUCUCUGAUCCUAAGGACUUGAAAAAGCUUCUCAGGACCCGAAAUAACGUGCUAGUGCUUUACUCCAAGUCAGAGGCGGCAGCUGAAAGUCAUCUCAAGUUGUUGUCCACGGUGGCCCAGGCAGUGAAAGGACAGGGCACCAUCUGCUGGGUGGACUGCGGGGAUGCAGAGAGUAGGAAAUUGUGCAAGAAGAUGAAAGUUGACCUGAGCCUGAAGGACAAAACAGUCGAAUUGUUCCAUUACCAAGACGGCGCAUUCCAUAUGGAAUAUAAUCGAGCCCUGACAUUGAAGUCCAUAGUGGCCUUCCUGAAGGAUCCAAAAGGACCACCGCUGUGGGAAGAAGACCCUGGAGCCAAAGACGUGGUCCACAUAGACAGUGAGAAGGACUUCAGACGGCUGCUGAAGAAGGAAGACAAGCCACUGCUGAUGAUGUUCUAUGCCCCCUGGUGUGGCAUGUGCAAGAGGAUGAUGCCGCAUUUCCAGAUGGCCGCAACGCAGCUUCGAGGCCACGCUGUCCUGGCUGGGAUGAACGUCUACCCCUCGGAAUUUGAAAACAUCAAGGAGGAGUAUGGUGUGCGGGGCUACCCUACUAUCUGUUAUUUUGAGAAAGGGCAGUUCCUGUUCCAGUAUGACAACUAUGGUUCUACAGCGGAGGACAUUGUGGAAUGGCUGAAGAAUCCACAGCCGCCACAGCCCCAGGUGCCCGAGACACCCUGGGCAGAUGAGGGCGGCUCCGUUUAUCACCUGACCGAUGAAGACUUUGACCAGUUUGUGAAGGAACACUCCUCUGUCCUCGUCAUGUUCCACGCCCCAUGGUGUGGCCACUGUAAGAAAAUGAAACCCGAGUUUGAGAAGGCGGCGGAAGUCCUGCAUGGAGAAGCUGACAGCUCUGGUGUCCUUGCAGCUGUCGAUGCCACCGUCAACAAGGGCCUGGCAGAAAGAUUCCACAUCUCAGAGUUUCCCACACUCAAGUAUUUUAAGGAUGGAGAGAAACACGAGGUACCUGCACUCAGGACAAAGAAGAAAUUCAUUGAGUGGAUGCAAAACCCUGAGGCGCCCCCACCCCCAGAGCCCACUUGGGAAGAGCAGCAGACAAGCGUGUUGCAUCUGGCAGGGGACAGCUUCCGGGAGACCCUGAAGAAGAAGAAGCACGCCUUGGUCAUGUUCUACGCCCCUUGGUGCCCACACUGUAAGAAGGUCAUCCCCCAGUUUACCGCCGCUGCUGACGCCUUCAAAGAUGACCGGAAGAUCGCCUGCGCUGCCGUGGACUGUGUCAGAGACCGGAACCAGGACCUGUGCCAGCAGGAGGCCAUCAAGGCCUACCCCACUUUCCACUACUACCACUAUGGCAAGUUUGCUGAGAAGUACGACAGCGAUCGGACGGAAUCAGGAUUUACUGAUUUCAUUCGAAACCUCCGAGAGGGAGAUCUGCAGAAACUAGGGAAACGGAAGGAAGAGCUGUGACGGCUGUCUUCCGGAAAAUUUUCCCAUCACACUGUGAAUGAUGCCCAUUUGUUGUUCUUUCUGAAUUACCAUAUGUUCCAAGGACAACCUUUUUUAUAGCCACUUGUGGCCGUUUUGUACAAUUUUGAAAUAAAAUGAAUCCUGUUA